UUUUGUUUUUGGGUCCCCCAAUUGUCAAUUGAAAACCACAAAGCUACGCAAACACACGCUGACAAAAAUAAUAUUCAACUCAAACCAUUCUCCGUUCUUUUCAAUUGCUCGCAAGCCAAGCAAAAACCUACCUACACACAUCUAUUGUCAAUCCUGUAUCGCUCUCAACCUCAAGCAGCCAUGGCGUCGGGGUCCUCGGGACGGGCUAGCCAUUCGGGCUCUAAAGCGUUCGAUUUCGGGUCCGAUGAUAUUCUGUGCUCCUACGAGGAUUACGGUAACCCCGAUGGAAGUAAUGGUAUCCACACAGAUCCUUCCAGCAUAGCUAAUUCCGCCAAGGAGUUCAAUAAAAGCAGAGUGGCAAGGUCAUCUGCUUUUACUGCAGCCAGUUAUAGUACUCCAGAAGAGUCUUCAUUUAAUGAAGGUGUCAUUCUCACUGUUGAGAAUACCAUGAAGAAGUACACUGACAAUAUCAUGCGUUUCCUUGAGGGCAUUAGCUCGCGACUGUCACAGUUGGAGUUAUAUUGUUAUAACCUUGACAAAUCAAUUGGUGAAAUGCGCUCUGAUUUAUCACGUGAUCAUGGAGAGUCAGAUUCGAAGCUCAAAUCUCUGGAGAAGCAUGUUCACGAGGUCCAUAGGUCAGUGCAGAUUCUAAGGGACAAGCAGGAACUGGCUGAUACUCAAAAGGAGCUCGCGAAGCUUCAGCUUGCGCACAAGGAAUCCUUGUCCUCAGGUCAGCAGCAAAACGAAGCCAAAAAAGGGAAUGAGAACCCGUCACCAGAUGAGCAGCAGCUGGCUCUUGCACUGCCCCACCACCAAGCAGCGCCACCGCAGCAGCAGCAGCAGCAGCAGUCAUCAUCAAUUCCCCACCACCAAGCAGCAGCACAACCUCAGCAGCAGCAGUCCUCAUCAAUGCCUCCCCAGACAGUGGCGUAUUACAUGGCUCCACCACAAAUGACGGCUCCUAAUAAUAAUAAUAAUAUGACAGCCCCAUCUCAACAGUAUCCACCACAAAAUCUAACUGAGCCCCUUCCUCAGCAGCAGCAGGUGCCACCACCACCUCCAUAUCAGCAGCAGUGGGCCUCCACUCCACAGCCUCAGCCUCAGAUGGGAGUCUACACCACCCCUUAUGUGAUCCCACCUCAUCAGCCCCCUGAAAUGGGCAUGGGCCCCACUAACAGCAGCAUACCCAUGCAGAGGCCCUCGGCCGCGUAUGUGGGCCCACCACCGCCCCAAGACUAUGGCUAUGGCAGGCCGACUUCCCCAAUGCCGCCACCUCAGCACCUCAACAAGACCUCGGCUGCUCCUGCGUACGGACAGCCGCAAUCCUUCCACCACCUACCUCACUUCCAACACCAAAAUGCACCUAAUAUGGGUUACAGGGGAGUUGGACACCAAUACAAUGAGUUGAUCGAGAAGUUGGUGGGGAUGGGUUACAGGGCUGACCAUGUUGUUUCCAUCAUUCAGAGGCUGGACGAGACUGGUCAGACCAUUGAUUUCAACUCGGUGCUUGACGUGUUGAAUUCUCACAUGAAAGGAAGUGGUGGGGCUCCUCAGAGAGGGUGGCGCCCGUGAGCUGCUGCCUUUUGCCACUCUCCCUGAUUUGUUUUUAUAUUUGUGUGUCUGCUUACUGAAUAAUGCGUCAUGCCGUUAAUAUGUGCGGACUAAGAGAUGGCUUUUUACAUGGAAUCUCUUGCCCGUUGUUUGUGCUAGCUGCUUUUAUGUUAAAGACUUUUUACUACGUGGAAAACCAGAACUGUUUUAUGUUAUUACGAUGUGUGUUUUGUGUUUGAGGAAUCCUUUGUCUUGUGGCUCCGUCUUAUUGUUAUUAGUAUUAACUUCUCUCUCUAUCAUCGUAACGGAUGUCACUAGAUUAUUGGGAUGUCACUAGAUAUCAUCGUAACGGAUGUCACUAGAUUAUUUGCAGUUCA